UUUUUUUACUUUAAAAGUCAGAGCACUAAUAUUCACGCUCACAGUCCGUUGCACAAGUGCAGCGUGAACAGGCCAGACGAAGAAUAACAGGGACAUGUCUCUGUUGACUGUGUGCGUCUCUGCCGGCCUCAUGCUGUUCUUCCCUCAGUGCUCGUAUCAGUCAUGCACGGAGGGAACAGCCAAGCAGUGCAAGGAUGCAGAAUUUGCUCCGGGCACCAAUUUGGCCGGGGAAGGCUUUGAUAUCACCAAAAUGGAGCGUAAGGGAGCCUUUGUGCUCAACAUGAAUCAGUGGAAACGCAAGGAUAAAACAUGCACCCUGUGCAGCAAUCCCUUUUUAGAGAGCAAAAAGCAAAAGCUCCCGUUGUCAGUGGUGGACUGGAGACCGAAGCAGUCCUGCAGCAUGAAAGUGGCCACCGCACUCCACCGAUCCAGUGAGUCACUGGUCAGCUCCAGCACCUCUUCUGUGGAGAACAACUGGGAGACAAAUCUAGAUGUUGAUGUGGGUAAUCAAGGCGCCUCACUGAUGCUCGCUGGUACUCAUUCGAAACUGGCUGGUUACUCCAUGGGAAAAACCAAGAGCGACAAGUUCAGCUUCACAAGCCACAGCAUGUCCUGUGAGUUCUACAGCUACAGAGUGUCCGGCAGUCCCAAGUUGCACCGAGAAUUUAAAAAAGCAGUGAAACAGCUCCCGAAAAUGUACAGCCCUGAAAACAAGCAACAAUUUUACAAACUGAUUGACAACUUCGGCACCCACUACGUCACCAAGGUGAAGAUAGGAGGAAGUAUUCGCUCUGUGACCAGCAUCCGGCAGUGCCAGGCCAACCUGGACGGCAUCAGCAUAGAGGAGGUGAAGAUGUGCCUGGAAGUUGAGGCGUCCUCUAGCAUCAAAGCCACAAUUAAAACUCAAGCAAAACAUUGCCAGAAUGACAUUGACAAGACGGAAAGUAAGACGUCCUUCUCCAGCCUCUUCAACGACAGGUUCACAGAAACAAAGGGGGGGCAGACCACGGAGCCAGACCUUCUCUUCUCUGCUGACAAAAAUCCAUCGGCCUACAAAGAAUGGCUGAACACGCUACCACAAUAUCCAGAUAUAGUCUCGUAUUCCCUGGACUCGCUUCACGAGUUACUGCCCACUAGCAACUCUGUCAGGAAGAACCUGCGCUCCGCCAUUAGCCAUUACAUCCUGGAGAAAGGCCUGUUAAAGAACUGCAGUGGCCACUGCCAGUCCGGCAUCAAGAGCGAGCCACGGGACACCUGCGUCUGCCAAUGCCACAAUGACCCAGCUGUAAACCAAGACUGCUGUCCGACCCGUAAGGGCAUGGCACGGGUCAUCAUAACUGUGCAACGGGCUUCUGGUCUUUGGGGAGACCACUCCACGGCCACGGACGGCUACGUGAAGGUGUCCUUCAACGGCCUGAUGGUCGGGCGUUCGCCUGUCAUUAACAACAACAACAACCCACACUGGAACAUGGUGGUCGACCUGGGCUCUCAAGAUGUGUCCUCGGGAAAGAAAGUGAGAUUUGAAGUGUGGGAUGAGGACAACAAGUGGGACGACGACCUGUUGGGAUCAUGUGAGAAAGUUAUGUCCGCUGGAGUCAAGGAGGAUCUCUGUAACCUGCAACAUGGCCAGCUGUUCUACAAAUUGGAGGUGAAAUGUGCUCCGAGUCUGAGCGGAGAUACAUGCACGGCCUAUAAACCUUCGCCUAUAAGUCAAAGUCUGAAGAGCCUGUAUGUGUCUCGCCAUGCACACCCUGUUCCGAAGGCCAUCCUGUUGAAGAUGGGCGUGUUUGUGGAUGAAACAAGCUCAAACCAGAGAAACCUCACUGCUGAGAUUUCAAAGUUUGAUGUGAUAUAACAUCCGUGUUUAGGUUCACUGAUGCUUACAUAGCCACACAAGAACAGUGGUAGACAAGAUACUGUUGUUUGUAUGUACUGUGUCUGUGUAUUUGUAUCAUAUAGAUGCUGGCCUCGGCUUUCACAUGACAGCUAAUCAUAUGCGGCAGGUCAUCUAAAUGUUCUUGCAGCUGUCAAAAUGUGAGUUGGAUUCAAUGCAGCUCUUUACUCUCUUUUUUUGCUUCAUCAAUGCCUUAUUUUUCAGAUAAAAGAACAUGUUUGCAGAUUGUACAUAUUGUGCAUUUGUUGUCCAUACAAAUAUAUGUACAAGUGUGUUUUAUGUAUUUGAUCAUGUCAUUGUAUUCUUUUGAGUAUUAAUGACAGGAUGUUUGUUUAACCAUAAUAAAAGCAUAAUAUUGGAA